CUUAUAACACAUACGUUCAUAAAGUUGGCUGGCGUAGUGGAAGGUUUCGCAGUCAGAAAUCGAUUAGCAGGCAGUGUACAUAAAUACCAAGGAAACCAGGCUCUUAUACUACCGGAAGUAGUCUUACGACUUGCUGACCCCAACACAGGCAUGAGCACCAUGAUAUAGCUUUUUGCUGCAUCAUCACAGGACUUUCCCGAAUUCAUCCGGGAAUAUCCGACUUAUGACGGAGAUGUCUCAAUGGAUAGAAAAUACUUGCAUCCCUGCACUAUUUAUAGCACUGAUGGUUUAUCGUACAGAUGCCUACAGCUCAGUAACACUGGAUGCUUCUAAUUGUAAUUCUAAGACUCUCUACAUUUCGCACGAACAAUCACAAAGAAUUAGAUGGACGGGCGAGGUCAUCCCUGCUCGUUGUCGUGUGGGAUUCGAAGCUACUGAAGCCCCGCAUGCGGUAUGCGUUGACAUCGAAAUAUUCCGUGUCGAUCACUGUUUUUUUACCCUUGGGAUAUAUGAGAAUUUAGCCGAAUAUCCCGUCAAGAGAUAUGACUGUGCCUCUACGGAUACAACAGAAGAGCUUUGCUUUGAUCAUAAAAGGAUCUACCUCGGAUUCACUUUCAAUAGCACUGGAGAGUUUUCAAACCCGAGCGUUAAAAUCAAAGUUAAAGUAAAAAAGGACGAAAACGCCGAGUCAGGCAUGCCGACGAUUGGAAUCAUAUUAAUAGUAAUUGGUCUUAUCCCUGGUACCUUCGCGAUUCUAAAGUAUGGCUGUGUGUGUCUACACAAGUGCUUCUGUCCAAUGCUACGAGGUAUGCUUGACGAUAUUGCUGAAUGUUUUUGUGGCGAAACAGAGACUGCAACCCGCAAUAGGUAUAGUUCCGGUGAAACUGUACCAGAUGAAGCGUCCAGAACCAUAACUCUGGAACCGUCUCCAGUAACUACAACGGAAACUAACGGGAUUUUGUCAAUAUCCGGCAGUAUGAUUUCACUUAAUGAUCUUGCAGAAGAACCAUUAAAUCCUUCUGCAACUCGUACCGGAAACGAAUGGGAUCCACCGCCCUACGUUGCCCCUCUCCCACAUGAGACCAUGAUUGAAGCGCCGCCUCCUUCCUAUUACGACGUGAUAACUUACGAUGACUAGAUCAACCAUUUGUUUAUUUGAUAGAUGGUUAUCACAAAGAUUCUAAAAGGAACAUAGCAAGAUAUAUAGUAACAGUAACGCUGUGUCCAACUUUAAGGCCCCAACCACCACCGACGAGUCCUAGAAGGCCGCAAUAGCUGUAUGGUGCAGGGUAAAUCCUUUUUGGCGCACUGCAUCUAAUACACAAUGUUAAAGGUGCAAGCAAUGUUGUUGUGAUAAGUUCGUCUUUAAAGCUUUCGGGCUUAGCCCUUCAUCAUUGAUUGGGAUUGAAUGGUCCCAGGCCCGUAAACUUCCUGUAUUCAAAUACGGAUGGACAGAAGGGUGAGGACCAAUCAAUCCCUGAUGGAGGGCUUAGACUGAAGGCUUGGGUAUAGAGUGACUGAUGCUAUUAAUUUUAUACACUGAAUAUAUGUUUUAGACGAUGAAUACUGUUUUCAAACAAAUUGAUACGGAAAACUAUGUGAUAGUUUUAACUAGUAUGACUGAUGCUUAUUUCGUAUUGAUCUCCUGUUUAUGCCAGGGACCUCACUACAGAGAACUGUUUUGUCAAUCCUUACUAUUCGGAUAACAUGUAAAGAUGCUGAUACAAAACAAUCUGAUUGAAUUGUUAUGACCCCAUACACUGUUAUUUAAUAACUACUUGUU